AUGGAUGCCAAGGGAUCACGUUCCCCCCAAACGGCGGCGGAGUUAAUCGCCGAAAACGACAAUUUGCUGACUGGAUUAAUCCUCCUCCGCCUCCCGGAGAAAUCCCUCUUGAGAUUCAAGUCAGUAAGCAAACACUGGCAGUCUCUCAUCUCUUCCCCUCACUUCGCCGCCAACCACCACUACCGCCGCCGCCGCGGCAAAAACCUCCCCAGUUUCAUCCUCGCCACCGCCGCCCAGCCGCCGGAGUACUUCUCCUUCAACCCCAACACCAGGGUUUUCCUCCCGUACACCUUCGAACACCCGCACACCAAAAUCCUCCAAUCAAGCCACGGCCUUCUGCUGCUCGAGUGCGGAAACCCGCGAUUGGGGUUCCCGCGCGUGCACUACCGCGUGUACAACCCCACCACGCGAAAAUCACGGAAGGUUGAAUUCGACGAAUACGAAGGCCGGCUGGCAUGGAUUUGGGGGCUGUCACUUUCAUUCGACCCUUCGAUUUCCCCUUAUUACAAACUCAUAUGUACGAGGAGACCUAAUUUCUGCUCAACUCUCUGGAUCGAGAUCUACCACUCAGAGCUCGACACGUGGCAGCAUAUCACAGGCGUAGAGAUCAACUACACUCCGAUUCACGACCUUCAAUACUGGGCCGGCAUUUCGUGUAACGAUGGGGUGUAUUGGAUCCGACCCGGUUCGAAAUCAUACCGCUUCGACAUCCAAACCCGGCAUUUGGAAGAGAUGAGUGUCAUCAAGUUUCCUCGGGGCGAACCAGAUUCGUCGUCCGGCAACAAUAACUACAUCGUGGAAUCGGAUGGAAACGCGCAUUGCGUCCGCACGUAUUUCGGUUACGAAAACAAGUAUUUGAUUGUAUACGAGUUGUCGCCGGAUCGUAACACGGGUUGGGUCGAGAAAUACCGGGCCGACUUGAACCCGGUGUCGAAGGCUAUUGGGUGCCUUCGGGUGGUAGGAAUAAUCGCGAGGGGCGACAAGGAAGAAGAUUCUUCGGUUUUGCUCCAUGCACCGGGGACGAUUGUUCGUUACUGGUUUUUCGAUAAGAGAUUUGAGGUUUUGUGUAAUUUCGCAAGUAGUACGAUUUAUAAAGAGGAUGAGUUCCAAUUCGAGACUAAGUUUUGUUAUCAAUUCAUUGAGAGUUUGGCUCCUGUUUGAACCGAAUAUUAGUUUACUUUAUGUUUUGUUGAUUUAUAUCGAAGAUAAUGCCUACCCAAGGAAAUCAACAAGUGUGAGGGAGGAAUUGCAUAAUGUGACGUGGAAUUGUACCGCAUCAGCCCUAGUUUUUAUCAAUCGUUGUUUUAUUUUUCUUUAAUUUUUUUUCUUCCAGUGGUGAUAUUGGGUGUUUAACAACUUUUUUUUUCUUAAUCAUAUGUCUCAUGCAUUAUAAUUAGGGGUGGGAACGAGACGAGCUCGGCUCUUUUGGCCAGCUCGAGCUUGAGUCCAUGUCACCGAGUUCGAGCCAAUUUUGGCGAGCUCGAGUU